AUGUGUGACAAACCCUUCUUUUAUAAUCCUGAUAUCGAUACAAAAAUUGCCGGUUUAUAUGAUUUACAACAUACAAUUGGACGAGGACAUUAUGCUGUUGUAAAACAAGCACGUCACGUAUUUACUGGUGAAAAAGUUGCCGUGAAAGUAAUCGACAAAACUAAACUAGACAAUGUUUCACGUGAUCAUUUAUUUCAAGAAGUUGUAUGCAUGAAACUUGUUCAACAUCCAAAUGUGGUUAGAUUAUAUGAAGUUAUUGAUACACCAACUAAAUUAUACCUUGUUCUUGAAUUAGGUGAUGGAGGAGACUUAUACGAUUAUAUAACAAGUCAUGGUGAUGGUCUUAGUGAAAAGGUUGCUAAACGAUAUUUUCGUCAAAUAGUCACUGCAAUUGCUUAUUGUCACAAAUUAAGAGUGGUUCAUCGUGAUCUAAAACCAGAGAAUGUAGUUUUUUUCGAGAAACUAGGUUUGGUUAAGUUAACAGACUUUGGAUUCAGUAAUAAAUUUGUUCCUGGUACUAAUUUAGACACAGCAUGUGGUUCGUUGGCUUAUUCAGCUCCGGAGAUAUUACUUGGUGAUUCGUAUGAUGCUCCAAAAGUGGAUAUUUGGUCAUUAGGUGUGAUAUUGUACAUGCUUGUCAGUGGAAAUCUACCCUUUCAAGAAACAAAUGAUAGUGAGACAUUGACAAAAAUCAUGGAUUGUGAUUAUUCUAUGCCUUCACAUUUAUCACCAGAUUGUAAACGGCUUAUUUCUCGUUUACUAAUACGUGAUCCACAAAAGCGUGCUCAUCUUGAUGAUAUUCUACAAGAUGAUUGGUUAAAAUUAGAUGGUAAUGAUUUACCUAUUGAACUAUUUUCUGUUCCUUUAAUAUCUCGUGAACAUCUUUCAUUUGAAGAUCAUAUGGAAAUUUUAUCGAAAAUGGCUGAAGGUGAACUGGCAUCUGUUGAAGAAAUACAAUCCACUUUAGAUCGUAAUGAAUACAAUCAUAUAGCUGCAACAUAUUAUCUACUUGCAGAACGUAAAUUAAAACGUAACUAUAUAGAAGAAUAUAAACGUUUAGCAAGUCAAUCUCAGCUAAAUGAAAAACGAAAACUAGAACAACAAAAAUGUAUGAAUUGUGUAUUUGGACUAGCUGAAAAUUCAAAACAAAUACAAAAUGUUGAAAGCAGUAUAACUUCUAAAUCUUUAGUAAAUAGCAUGAUCAAUUCAAAUACUCCAACGCCAAAUUCACGUAUUUUAAAUUCUUUAGGCUCAUCCAAUGUAGAAGAUCGUGUUCGACGUUUCAGUAUGAUUUUAGAAGAUGAAGAAGAAGAGGAAGAAAGUAAAGGAUCUUUAGUAGCCUCUUCGUUAUUCGAUCGAUAUAUUACAGGUGUAAAUGAAUCAGUGAAAUUAGUAAAUGAUUCAGAUGGUUUACACCCGUGUUUUGCUGAUACAUCAGAAGAAGCAAUGCUAGAAGAAGAGGAAGAAGAAAUGGCUACUGUUGCUGGAUUGGCAUGUGUUCGUUCUGAACUUUUAACUGAUCAAAUGGUUAAUAAUGUAUUAAAUUUAUCGGAAUCAGAAUACACAUCAACUGUUAAUGGACCGAUAGCGCAAACUCGUCCUUGUUCUAGAACAAGUGGUUCUGGUGCUGAAGCAUCUGAUGGUGCUGAAUCAGAUGUUUCUGUUAGUCCUUGGAAUACAAAUGGGACAGGUUUUGUAAACUCUUUGAAUCGAGUUACAUCUACCACACGUUCACUUCCACCUGUGGAAACGAGAAGAAAGAAUCUCUAUAGACGAGGAUUUUUAUCGCAUCGACCACUUACUACAGUGAAGAGUAGUCCACAGCUUAUGAAACAUAUCUCCGAAGAAGGUCGAAACAGUUACACCUCUUUUGAAACCAAUAAUUCUUUUCAAACGGAUAAACGCAGAAAGAAAUUAGGAGAAUGUUUUUCACAAAAUCCGUCUGUCUAUGCCACAGCUGAAGAUAAUAUAGGAAUUCGAUCUUUGCGUAGUUCGUAUAAUUUGUAUCGUAGUAUUCGAUACGUCGAUGAUCAGUUGAUUGGCCUAAGACCUACAAGUUCUUAUGCGACUAAAACUCAACAAACAUAUUCUGGGGCUCGUAGUCCAGCGUGGACACGAGGGUUUUUCAAUACACCUGCAUCGUCAUCUCGUCCGGCAAGCAUUGGGAGUUGGAAUGCCGUUCUUAACAUAAGUUUAAUGAGUGACCAGCGCCGCCCAUCGUUUUGUUCAUCUCCUGUUGAUCAACAAAUAAGCGCCAUUAAUAGACGAAAAGUUCUCUAUUCAAACCACAGCCAAGACCCAUAUAUUUUAAAUAAAGGGAUCAAUCCCGAUCGAAGAUGCAGUGGACCUCCAGGUUUAUUGUUGGCGGUUUCAGGAUUGUAUCAUCCAGGUUCAGGUGUUACUUUACCCAGUCGUUCCGAUUCAGAUACUUCAUUUCUAGAUCAGCAUGAAAUCGGUCAUUUACCCCCUACUUUGGAACACUCUCUUUCUCCAGAAGAGCCUCCAGAUGAGUCUUACGUCCGAAAUGGCGUCCGAAAUGGGACUAAACGUUCGGAUACAGUUACGGAAAUUGGCGAUGUCAUCAUAAAUAACCACCGCAGUUUUGCAAACAAAAGAGGUUCUACUAGAUCCCCGCAUCACACUCUUGGCAAUUCUCGUAAAACUGCCAGCUGGUGUAGUUCCGCACCUAUAUUAUGCGAGACACCUGAACAGUCCCAUUUAAUGUAUACACCAUCGAAUAGUCUUGGACUAGUCACUUUAUCACCUGAAAGUAACUCUCAAUUAGGUGGUUCAAACACUGUACGGGAACAUUGCACUCCGAUACGUGAAGAAGAUGAUGAAGCAGGACGCUCUGGAGAGACUCCUACUUCUCAGACAUCACAUCUGUUAUUUGGUUUGAAUCAUCGAAGAAAGUCCGAAUCGUCAAGUAUGCAUACAAGUUCAACCCUUUUCACAACGUCAAAUAUUAUUACCCGUGGUGGAUUCGCAACUUUAGCCGAAUCGGAAUCAACUUCAACCAUUAGUCAAUUACCUAAUAUAAAUGCCCAACGUAAUGAUGCCUUACAAAAUGGUGGCAGUUCACAAUGUUGUACAACAUCCAAUUUCUCGCUUAGCUCUCUUGCAACAAGUUUAAGAGAUUCACGUUACAUGAUUGAUAUUAUACGUGGUACAUUUGAAUUACAAUGUCAAUAUAAUCGUAGAUUUACUAAUUCUAUUACGGGAGUUAGCAGUUGUGAAUAUAAUUCUAAUCGAGCUAGUAGUACUUCAACAUCAGUACGUAGUCUUACUGCUAUAUCAGAGAAUUUUCCUAUUAAUAAUCAAUUGAAAGAAGAUUUUCCUUUACAAGAUUCACAUAAACUUCCUUUUUAUCAUCAUCAUCGAAAUAUAUUACAUCAUCCAUUGGAGUCUAUAUUACAAACUUCUGUAAACAACAACAAUGCAUUACAAAAUUCCAAUCUAAUCAAAGAUUCUAUGAAUAAUAGUAGUAGUUGCUUAAAUCAUGAUGAUUACCACCUUGUUACAAAUUCAUCAAUUCAACAAACUAGAAUGAGUUUACCAACUAGCAGUAUAAAUAAUGGCAUUUCAAAUACAGAUGUGACAUGUUUAGUAAGAAAUCCUAUUUUAGAAUUAAAUGAAACUAAUUUCUCCUCUUCUCUAUCUCUUGAACAUAAUAAUUCACCUGUAAGAUUUACUAAUUUUCUUAAUAAUCAUAGAAAUGGAUCUUGUAAAUCUGUAAUAAAUCAAUCUGCCAUUUCAUUCAAACAUCCUACUUAUUCAUUAUCAAGUCAUGAAUCGUUGAAAAAAUCCAAUUAUAAAAAAUAUUUGCCUGAUCAUGUUUCCAAUAUUAUGGAAAAUAGAAAUUCAGAAAGUUAUUAUAUUACUACUACUACUACUACCACUGGUACUACUACUAAUACUAAUACUACUACUACUACUACUACUACAACUAAUAAUAAUAAUAACAAUGUUCAUUCAGAAUUAUCCAAUGAAUCAGUGAAUCAAUGGACUCAUCCAAAAACCAAUUCAUCCAAUCAUAAACAUGUAUCAUCAUUUCUAUUAAAUAAACAACAUCGAGCUAGAUUAGCAUGUUGUUCAAUUUCGUGAGAAAAAAAAACGAAACAAACGAAAAAAGAAUCAAUCGUCUAUUCGAGGAGGGGAAUUUUUUUUUUGUUGAGUCUUCCAUAAUUUGCGUUUAUUUUCUGUGUUUAUUUUCAUCAUAUAUAUAUAAUUUAUGAUUUGUGUUUCACUUUCAUUUUGAUGUGUGUAUUAGUACACACACACACACAC